ACUAUCCCACCAGUUGCUCGCCAUCCACGUGCGCGCUCUGCUCCUCUGCUCCACGUUCAGACGCCGUGCUGCACCCGCGGGGUUCACGCCCUGCCGUGACUUCAAGCAUUGCCCCCGCUCCCUCUCGUUCGCCCUCGGCUCGCGUUAGGGUUGCGUCGCAGUACCUCCGGCUACUACAGCGCGCCCAGCUGGCUCCACUCCACGCGCAUCAUCUCGUGCCAAACCCCUCCCUUGCGCUCACGCCUCCUCAGGCUGACGCCUCUAAGCGCCGGCCCUCAGCGGCGCCUCGUCGCAUCCCGUCGCUGCACUGCCCUCGUCGCCCUCGUCACCUCCAGCUUCGAGGCGCGUGGAGGAGGGGGCGGCGUUGGACGGCGUGGCAAGGCGGAUGGUGCCGCACCAGCCCCUGCGCGCCAUGCACCCAGCGCCGCCGCACACGAGCGGUGUGGCAAGGCGCAGCAGCAGCAGCGGCGGUGGUGGCAAGGCAGUGAGGGAUGAGACGAGGGCGCUUGCGACCACAGGCGACGCGCGGCCGUCGUCAAUGGCACCGCACCCGCCACACGCAGCCGCAGCAGCUGCCGCUGCUGCGGCGUUGGCUGGGCCAGCCUUGCCCGCAGGAACGAUGGCCGUUCUAGAAAAAGCCCUUAGUGCACGUGCGCCUCACGCUGCUGCUGCUGCCAAUGCCGGUGCUGCGAGGCGGUGGAUGGGUGAGUCGAGUGCACCGCCUGCCGCCUGGGGACGCGAGGGCGUGUGGAUGCAGCAGGUGGCGCAGGGCGAGGGGCGGGUGGCGCCUCAAGUCAUGGUCAGGGGCGCGCUGGUGAAGGUGGGCAGCGCGGGGGGCUUCGCCACGCGCUACCUCUCGCAACCUCCCCACAGCGGCGGGAAAGAUCAGCUGGGGGCGCUGGGAAUACCGGGGGCAAGGGGCUGUGGUGUGGAGGGAGCAGGGAUGGGUGCGAGGUGCGGUGCAGGGCGGGCGAUGCCGUGGGCGGAGGGUGGUGGCCGUGCGCCCAUGCACGAGGGGAGAGCGGCGGAUGCUGCUGCUGCUACUGACCAUACGGGGGCAGCCACCGACGGUGGUGAUGCUGCUGGCCGCACUGGUGGGUGCGGUAGCAUGCCAGGCCACGCGGCAAGAGAGGUGGACAUGGCAGGGCAGGGGCAGUUGAGUGAGCGGCAUGCGGUGGGGCGAGGGGCGGAGGGAGCGGAGGGGGAGGCGGCGGAGGAGGAGGCGGCGGAGGCGGGUGUGGAGAGCAUUCUGGUGCGGCUGCUGAAGAAGCAGCUGCUCUCGCUGGCUGAAGCCAUCGCCACUCAUGAUGAUCUGCGGGCGCGCUUCCUGCUGCAGCACGUGGGGCAGGAGGCGGACCCCCUGGGCUCGCCCAUGCAGCGCGCCGCCUUCCACUUCGUGCGCGCACUCUCCGCGCGGGCCACGGGCACAGGCCACGUGCUGCAGGGGGCGACGAUGGAGCAGCGGUGCCCUGCCGUGUGUGCUGGGCGCGCCGGCCCUGCGCGACUUCCUCUGCUGUGCUGCCACCCACGCCCUGCACCAUGCGCUCCUGCCCGCCCUCUCACGCCACCACUCCAACACACAAGCUGCUGCUGGGACCAUGCUGCUGAAGCUUGUGCUGCUGACGCUGCUGCUGGUGACAAUGUGGUGGUGGGAGUGGCAAGGAGGGGAGGGCAGUGCAGCAUGGAGAGAGACGGCACGGUGGGGCGAGUGGUGUUGCAGGGGGAGCAGGAGUGGCAGGGGAGCACCACAGAGGACAACGACGAGGGGAGGGCGAGGAGUGUAGGAGAGAGUGAGGUAGGGGAGGGCGCAGAGAGGGAGGGGAGCAGUCUUAGGGACGAUGGCAGUGUGAGGGGGCGCGGGGGGGAAGAGAGCACCUCAUGUGGCAAGGAGAAGGCAGCGGAUCCUAAAUCUGAUUCACGAGUGAAGCACACUGGCGUCCGCCCAGCGCCCCCCCCUGCGUCACCCCCCCCCCUGGUGGUGCAUGUGGUGGAGCUGGGCGACCACCACGUGCCGCACUGCCACGCGCUGCUCUCCGCCCUGGCGGCCUGGCCGCUGCAGCGCCACGUGUGCCUGCGCCUCACCCUCGUGCACCUGCUCCACGCCCACCCCUCCGCGCCCUGCGCGCCCCCCUUGCUGCCUUUGCAAGGCGGCAACACCACCGCUGACCCGCCUGCACCUGCCUCCUCCGCGCCACCCACUACACCGGACGCAUCUGCCAAGGGCGGUGCUGAGCGGGUGUGCACCGUGGGGUCGCCUGCUCGCCUGCGGCCUGCUGUUGAUCCCACUCACGACUUUCGCCCCACCCUCGCUGCUGCUGGCUCUGCUGCUCUGGAUGCUGCUCGUGCUGCCAUGCCUGGUGGGGCUGGGGAUGGUCUGGGGGCAGCACGCGCAGCACUUGGUGAUCCGGUUGCUGCUGCGGCUGAGGGCAGCACGGAGACACACCACCCUCACCGCCGUCCCUUCCACCACACGGCUCAUCACCACCUCUGCCUUGCACUACCACUGCCACUGCCGCUUCCGCUGCCGCUGCCGCUGCACCAGCACUGUCCUCCCCUCUGCGUGCACCAGAGCAUGCUGCUGCAUGCCGCACACCCCAUUCGCCCUGCCCCCCACCGCUGGCCCCACCCGCGUGCAGCAAGCACACAGUGUGAGCCGCCACUGGGCUCACCCUCGGGUGCCCUGCAUGCCUCUGCCCCCACCGUGCCUGCGCCCUCACCCUCCCCCUCCGCCCCCUGCGUCCAGCGCUUUCCGCUCCCUCCGCCGCCUGAGCUGGUAAAGCAAGUGCAAGCAGCAGCGCGCGCCCUGGGGCUGCGCGUGGCGGUGCGCGUGGUGCGCGUGGGCGUGCAGGGGGUGACAAGGGCGGCGCUGGGCGUGCGUGAGGGCGAGGUGGUGCUGGUGCGUGCGGCGCUGCUGCUGCAGCAGCUGUGCGACGCAUCCGUCAUCCGAGCCAACCCGCGGGACUCGCUGCUGCAGGCCAUCCACGCCCUGCGCCCGCUGCUCGUGGUGGUGACGGAGCAGGAGGCGGGCCUCAACUCGCCCUUCUUCCUCACGCGCUUUCAAGCCGCGCUGGACCACUACUCCGCGUGGUUUGACUGCCUGGCCGCGCCCUGCUGCCCGCUGUCUGACGCACAGCGCAGCGCAGUGGAGGCGCGCGUGCUUGGGGCAGAUAUCGCCAACAUCGUGGCAUGCGAGGGCAUCAACCGCCUCACGCGCCCGAGCCAGCGCACGCCUGGCACGCGCGCGCCACGCGCCUGGGCUUUGAGGUGGUGGCCAUGGGGGAGGAGGCGGUGGAAGGCGCUGCAGCGGCCAUGGGGGCAAGCCGUGAGGGGUUGAGGGUGGAGGUGAGGCAUGGCGUGGCUGUGCUGGAGUGGAAGGGGUGCCCCCUGCUGACGUCGUUCAUGCUGCAGCCCAGUGCAGGCACCACCACGGAUUCUGUUUGAUCUCCCAGAACUACCUCUUGUAACGUACGAUGAGAGAAUCCGUCCAAGGCAUUGUGUUGUGGACAGUCCAACUAAGCAAGCCUUGUAGC